AAGACGACCAUCAAUUUGAUUCGAAUGCUGACCAAGAGGCAAAUAAAAACCAUCAAUGUAUUAUACAUGUUGACGAUGAUCCAACCAAAAAAUCCUAAGUAUGAUCUAAAACAAGAUUUAUUGGAAGAAUGCAAAAAAUUAUUAGGAACCACAUUAUCAGGAAAAAGGCCUCUGAAUAUUGCGGUCUUAGGGCCACCUGGCUGUGGAAAAUCUGCCUUCCUUAAUACAGUGUUUGCCAGUUUUAGUAACGACCGGUGGAGAGAGCAUGCCAAACAAGGAAGUUUUAGUGCCAUGGGUAAACAAGUUACCAGACGACUAAAAAGCUAUAGGAAGGAAGUCUAUUACAGAGAAACGGAUACAGUUUUAUUGCCUACGUUUAUAGAUAUGACUGGAUUCGAAAACGAAGAUUCAGAACUUAACAGAGAACUUCUAAACAUAAUUUUGAAAGGAAAAAUGAAAGAAAAUGAACUCCUCUCAGAUGUUAUCGAAUACGGAAAGAAAUACAGAGAAUAUGCAUUAAGAAUGAAAUACAGUACCAGACCUGUUUACAAACGUGUAGACCGUAUUAUAGCUGUUUGUUCAUGUAACCCGUUGUCAAAUUUACAACGUUCUUUGUUUGAGACGAUAGCUGAAAUCGCUAGUAAUAAAGACAUAACCGUGUAUGGGGUUAUGACACACGCAGAUGCAUUCUCAACAGAGGAUAAAAUUAAAGAAAAAGAAGCAAAAAAUAGAAAUUUACUGGGUAUACCAGAUACAAGGUUUGUUCGUAUUAUGAACUAUUGUUCUGAAGUGGAUCCUACUCAUGCAUACCUUAAAACUGUAAUCCCAACAUUGGAUGUUCCAGUUCUUCGACUGAUGACACAGGUUUUACCACGGGAGGAAAAUGAUGAUGUAGAACCUGAGCCUGAUCCGCAAGAUACUAAAAGAGACUAUGUGUACAGAUAUUGGAAGCCAGGAUCGGCACUAGUAGUAAUAAUACUAUUGUUACUGUUUGGAACGUUAGGCAUUGUUAUUAUUAUCAUUCUGAUAAUUGUAUUAUCGCUGGUCUACUUUUUGAAAGGUCAAGAAGUACUGUCACAAUUAAUCUUCUUUGAAUGAAUUAUCGUAGCCUAGACACACCAUAAAUGAAAACAAUUGUACUUAUUAUUUUCUGCUUAUAUUAUUGUUGAGGGUGCGGAUGGGGGUUUACAGAAUAUAUAGUAAUGGGCAAAAACAUAAAGAAAAGAGAAUAAUAAACUAAAAAAAUAAGAAAAGAGAAUAAUGAGUUGCUAAAAUAUAAAGAAUAGAGAAUAAUGAGCAAAAAGUAUAAAGAAUAGAGAAAAAUGGCCUAAAAAAUUAAAGAAUACAGAAAUGAAGGACCAACCAUCCAUACCCUCAUUGUUGAAGUAGUCGAAAUGCCAUUGGCAUAACAUAAAAUGUACAUCUGUAAUUCAAAUAUUUUCUAAUCAAAUCUGCCUUUUAAAUUUUGACUUCCAAAUUGUCUUGAUUUGAUAAAAAAUUAAGAUGAAAAAAUAUGUUUUGUAAAUAAUGCUGAGCUUUCAAUUAAUUACAAUUGCACCUCGAGGACACAUUACGUGCAUGAUUUCUUUAUUAAAAUUUGACUUCAUGUCCCGCAAUUGAUACUGUAAAACUAAUUACAAUUACAAAUCGAAUAUCUUAACAAAACUACCCAUGAUAGUUUAAAUUUGUUAAUUUGAGAAUCAAUAAAUUUUUGUUAUCUUUAUCAAAUCAAAGAAAUAUGUUCUUAACCAUAAGUGAUAAACAUACAAAGCAAAUGAUGAUUUAAUAUGGAUGUGAUUUGAUCAUUUUGAAUAAACUUAUCAAUGAUUGAAAA